GGGGUGGUUUGGGACGGCGCUUGAAUUACGUGCCUGGGAAUUGCGUCGACUUGUACUUUAGCGCUUGAAAAAGUGCUGUUAACGUGGAGAGCGGGUGGUGGAGGGUGAGGCGAAUGUGCCGUCUUGAAACCGAAGGACAGUAAGCGCUUCCUCUGUCCCUAAACGAGACGGUCCCGCGGCCUCGGCGGCCGCCCCUGGCCCGUCCGGGGGGAACAUGGCGGCGCCCGGAGCCCGGAGCUGCAGCCUCUCGGGCCUGCUCCCGGCUCAGACCUCGCUGGAGUACGCCCUGCUCGACGCCGUCACCCAGGAGGAGAAGGACAGGCUGGUCUACCAGUAUCUGCAGAAGGUGGACGGCUGGCAGCAGGACUUGUCAGUGCCCGAGUUUCCGGAAGGAUUAGAAUGGCUGAACACAGAAGAAUCUAUUUCUGUCUACAAGGACCUGUGUGGAAAAGUGGUCAUUCUUGAUUUCUUCACCUACUGCUGCAUAAACUGUAUUCACGUGUUACCUGAUCUGCACGCAUUAGAACACACAUACUCUGAUAAAGAUGGUCUUCUGAUUGUUGGUGUUCACUCAGCUAAGUUUCCAAAUGAAAAAGUCGUGGAUAACAUUAAGAGUGCUGUUCUUCGAUACAACAUCACCCACCCUGUGGUUAAUGAUGCAGAUGCCAGCCUUUGGCAAGAACUAGAAGUCUCCUGCUGGCCAACUCUGAUCAUACUUGGACCUCGUGGAAACAUGUUAUUUUCUUUGAUUGGAGAGGGACAUAAAGAUAAAUUAUUUUUAUAUACUUCAAUAGCUUUAAAGUAUUACAAAGACAGGGGACAGAUCAGAGAUAAUAAAAUUGGAAUCAAACUCUAUAAGGAUUCUUUGCCACCUUCACCAUUGCUGUUUCCUGGCAAAGUAACAGUAGACCAUGUUUCCAAUAGAUUGGUAAUAGCGGACACUGGACAUCAUAGAAUUUUGGUCGUCUGGAAGAAUGGACAAAUACAGUACAGCAUUGGAGGACCCAACCCUGGAAGAAAAGAUGGAGUAUUUUCAGAGUCAACUUUUAACUCACCACAGGGUGUAGCCAUAAUGAAUAAUAUCAUAUAUGUGGCAGAUACUGAAAACCACCUUAUAAGAAAGAUUGACCUAGAAGCUGAGAUGGUGAGCACUGUGGCUGGCAUUGGAAUUCAAGGUACAGAUAAAGAAGGUGGAGCUCAAGGAGAAGAACAGCCCAUUAGUUCCCCUUGGGAUGUAGUUUCUGGAAAGUCAGGUCCUGAAAUCCAAACCGAUGACAUUCUGUGGAUAGCCAUGGCAGGGACUCAUCAGAUAUGGGCACUCCUGUUGGACUCUGGCAGACUACCAAAGAAAAAUGAGUUAAAAAAAGGAACCUGCCUUCGGUUUGCUGGAAGUGGAAAUGAAGAGAAUCGAAAUAAUGCAUAUCCUCACAAGGCAGGUUUUGCCCAACCUUCAGGUCUUUCUCUGGCCUCAGAAGAUCCCUGGAACUGCCUGUUCAUAGUAGAUAGUGAGAGCAGUACAGUGAGAACCGUGUCGCUGAAAGAUGGAGCCGUGAAGCACCUUGCGGGAGGAGAAAGAGAUCCCAUGAAUUUAUUUGCUUUUGGUGAUGUUGAUGGAGUAGGAAUCAAUGCAAAGCUUCAGCACCCACUUGGAGUAACUUGGGACAAGAAAAGGAAUUUACUUUAUGUGGCAGACUCUUACAAUCACAAGAUUAAAGUUGUGGAUCCAAAAACAAAAAACUGUACAACAUUAGCAGGAACUGGAGAUGCAAGUAAUGUUCUUGGUUCCAGUUUUACUGAGUCAACUUUUAAUGAACCAGGAGGCUUGUGUAUUGGAGAGAAUAGUCAGUUAUUAUAUGUGGCAGACACCAAUAACCAUCAAAUUAAAGUGAUGGAUUUAGAAACAAAAACAGUUUCUGUGCUCCCAGUCUUCAGAGCUGACAGUGCUGUGGUGGAUGGCCCAUUCUCAGUAGAAAAGCAGAAGACAUUACCCAAACUGCCUAAAUCUGCUCCAAGCAUUAGACUUUCCCCAGUGGCUGCAUCUCCAGGACAGACUCUUGAGUUCAAGCUAAAAUUAGACCUCCCGUCAGGAACAAAGCUCACUGAAGGGGCACCCAGUUGCUGGUUCCUGUCAGCUGAAGGCAACGAAUGGCUUCUUCGAGGACAGAUACCAUCUGGAGAGAUAGAGAGCAUUUCCAAUCAGCCAACCAUCUCACUGCAGAUUCCCGGAGAUUGCUUAUCACUUGAAGCCAUUCUGUCUAUCAGCGUGUUUCUGUAUUACUGUAGCACAGACAGCAGUGCCUGUAUGAUGAAGGGAAUUUUGUUCACUCAGCCUUUACAAAUAACCGACACACAGCAAGGCUGCACAGCUCCAGUAGAACUCAAGUAUGUAUUUUAGCAAGCUGGCUAGUGACCCAGUGCUGUCUCUUCUCCAUCCCCACCAUCACUGUAAUUUAUGAAAAGAAACUUUAUUUCUGCCUCUGGAAACAAAGAAACUCAUUGUUCAGUUCUAGCAACUGACAUUAAAAUAAAGCUAUGCUCCUUAUUUAUUUAUUAUAAACAAAUUCUUUCAUUCUGGCUGUGUACCAGCUGAGUCACUGACCAUGAUUUGAACCAUGAUUCUGUAAUUUUUGCUGCUAUUUGGCACAAGACUUAAGACCACAUUAUAGGCUAGAAUACUAUCAUGAGAUAAUGUGCAGCGAAUACUGGUAACAAUAAUGAUACCAAAUAUUUUAACUAACCUUUUUACCUUUAUUAAUAUCAAGCAGCACAUCUGAACGUGUACAUUUCACAGUAACUUUAAACAGAACUUAAGAUGCAGUCUGUGUGUUGGUUUAGGGACAUCUGCCAUUCAAGGCAUUAGGUCUGUUUUAAGCCAAAAAAUGGUCUUUCUAUCAUAGUAGAAGCUUAAAGACUACCUAGGUGAUAAAUAUAUUCUUUACUCUCUUCUGCGGUUUUCUCAUUUGAGAUAUAUUUAAAACAGAAUUGUAAUCUAUUUUUUUUAUAAAUUAUUUACUAUUUUAAUAUCCCAUUAUUAAUGGUAUGUUAAAUAUUCUGUAUGUUUCUAUACAGAAAAGGUUAAAGUCUCUAAGGACAUACAGACUCACUCCUUUAUUUUUUCUAACUGAACACAGUCUUACCAGAUAACGAUGAGUCCACAGAAAUACCAUGCCUUUGAAGGAGAAAGGGACUAGGGACACAUUACUGUCUGUGAUACCACUUCAUGAUAAAGAACUGUGACAGCUGAGUUUGAUAUAAAUGGGUAUGUAUGUUAUCUUAGAAAUGCACAUUUCAGUUGAAGCAGUAAGUGCAGAUUUGUGGGGUUUGGGGCUUUUUUUGGUCCCCAUAUUCAAAAUUUAAAUUAUGAUCAUUUAUUGUGAUUUUUUUUUAAGAAGUUACUGUUAAGCAUUCAAAGUGAAAAUUUCAGUGUGAAGCACGUUCAUGGUAUUAAUGUGUAUAGUAUAUCUUAAUAUAUUACUUUGAAAUAUCCAGUGAUUUGAGGACACUGUUUUUGGUAGUUUUUUUAACCUUUAAAGAAGUAGUCAGCAGGAGAUAUUGAAAGGUUCUUUUAUUAUCAUAAUUUCUCUUUACAACUAUUUUAAAAGCCUGUGCUUAUUUUUACUAAAACUGAUUCAACACGUUUGUGGUUUAAUGAGCUUACAAGAUUUUAAAAACAACAGGUGAAUCAUAUUUAUUCAGUAAAUAUUUAUAGACAAUAUAGCAUAAUAUGCCUUCCCCCUUCAAAAACAGUGCUCCAUUUGACGGGUAAUUUUUUAAGCAUGAUCAUCUGCCCAUUGCUUUAUAUUUUUUGGAAAUAUAAUUUUGAACGUGCUAUUCACUUCUUUUAUUCAGGUUCCAAAAUCUGAAGUAAGACAGUACAUAGGUCAUGACUUUCAUUUAAUUUGCAGCAUGCUAACACUGUUUUUAAAGAGAAAUGUAACGUUAAAAAUAAUUCUUUUUAAAAUCAUAUGUAAGUACCUCAAACCUUUUCUCUCCAUAAAAAAAUAUGUUCUAUAAUAAAAGGAUGUAUAACA